AUGCCGUCCCUCGAUAGCGUGGAGGAGUACCUCCAGUCUGUCGAGGAAUACUUCUACUCUUCCCUCUCUGCUGUUUCCUAUAGCCUACCCGAUGUUCAAGAAGUUGUUAAUCAGCUCUGGGUCGACAUCUCUCGCUAUGGACCAGGCAUGCCUGCGUUCCCUGAGGUUCACAUUCCAACCCUCGGUGACUUCCAGGUUCCGCCACCACCGCCACCACCGCCACCUCCUCCAUCGUGGAUCGAACAGUCUGCAAAUCUGGCUGGGCGUCAUCCAUGGAAGACAACUGGAAUCGUUGCUGGUGUAGUUGGUGCCGGAUUACUUGUUGGUUAUCGUCAUUCCGUCGCGAAACGCAGUCGACGGUUGUACACCUCCCAGAAGGUCCAUUCGGAUGAAUGUCGUCAGAUCGUUGUGGUCCUUGGUGGAGAUAGCCCAUAUGCUUCGCCACUGAUUCUCGAGCUUGAGAAGAAAGGGUAUAUUGUAGUCGCAAGUGUGGCUACAGCAGAGGCAGCUGAUGCAUUGGAGGCACGAUGCCAUGGAUAUGUCAAGGCUCAUAUUCUUGAUCCAUUCGAGCCAGCAACCAUUCCAGCCUUCCUUCGUUCCUUUUCAGCCACUCUCUCUCGCAAAUUCCCCAUCAACAGUCCCGGUGACCCCUACGCCUCCCCAUCUUCUAUUCCUUACGUCCAUUCAAUCAUCUCCUUGCUCUCACUCUCUGCUACUGUUCCGUCGAUCAAUGCUCCACUGGAACAUAUCUCGCUCCGAGAUACAUAUCUUCCAUAUCUCACCGCCACUCAAAUUACGCCGCUACAAGUUAUCCAGUCACUCCUCCCCCUCCUACGAACGGGAUCCGCUCGGGGCAGAGAUUAUGGCAAAAAAUCUAUCAUUGUCUGCUUACCCUCAACCGAUGUACGUGUUGGCCUGCCUUUCGCAUCCAUCCGAGCCAUGAGCGCAGCUGGCAUGCUCCGCGCAGUCGAAGUUCUUCGCAGAGAGAUCAAUGUUGCGUCCUUGACCGAGAAAUCCGACUCGAUGCAGAACAUCAAGGCAGUUGUUGUAGAUGUUGGCACUUUCGAUACUGGAGUACCGACCAAGUCUGUUCUUUCGGAGGGCAUAUACAAGUCGAUGGAAGAUUGGACCGCGUCUGAGAAAGUCGCAUAUGGGCCUGCCUUUGUUUCCAUCAUGGACGAGAAGCCUCUGGUCAGGUCGCGCUGGGAAGGCCUCAAAUCUGUUUUCAGGACCAACUAUAAAUACGGCUCGCCUCGCCGACCCACUGACCUCGCUGUCUUCGCCGACUGUCUUGUUGGGGCCGUCAGUGGUGGCCGCUACGGACCUUCCUUGUUUCGUCUGGGUCUUGGAUUGGGCCGUAUUCGCAACUGGAUUCGUGGCGAACGGUUUUCAAUCGGAGCUGGUGCUUCCACCUACAAAGUGGCAUCUUACCUUCCGUCUAUCCUCCUUGACGCGCUACUCAACUUACCGCACUUCCUCAUCGGCAUACGCAAUCGCCUCCUUCCUGUGGAGCCAUACCGCCGACCCCCUACCAAUCUUCCAUCACCUGUGAACGCGAAGAAGGUGGAUACUGUGGUCGAGCCCAAGGAAGUGUCGUCGCGUUCUACCUCUCCUGAUGUUGAGACGAGCUCUGACGCCGACGUUGAGAGCAAUGCAGGAGAUACGGUUGCAAGUAGCUGGGUCAGUCUCCACAAGAAACAGGCUUCUGAAGCUUGA